AUGACACGCCAACUAGUUCCCCAGCUCUCCCGCCACGUCGACGGCCAUGGAACAGGAUCCUGCCAACCGGCUCAUGGUAGCACCGCCUACUCAAUAAAUGAAGCGCCGUUUGGGACGCCGCGGCCUAUUCGCAUUAUCGGCAUCGGCGCUGGGGCUAGCGGGAUUAACAUGAUACGCACCAUCAGAAAUACUCUCAGUGCCUCAACAUAUGAGCUUGUGGUUUAUGAAAAAAACGCAGACGUAGGAGGUACAUGGUUCGAGAACCGCUACCCAGGAUGCAAGUGCGACGUGCCCAGUCACAACUACCAAUUUUCCUGGAGGCCAAACCCUGCUUGGUCGAGCUUCUUCGCUCCUGCAGACGAGAUUCGGGAAUAUCUGUGCCAAAUAUGCGACGACGAGGAGAUGCGACCGUACAUCAAGACAUCACACAAGAUCGUUUCCGCGUCGUGGUCAGAGUCAAAGGCCAUGUGGGAAGUGGAAAUACAGGACUUGAAGACUGGCUCCGUCUUCCAGGACCAAGCAAACUUUCUGAUCGACGCAACUGGCAUUCUGAACAAGUGGAAAUACCCUGACGUGGAGGGCAUAUCCGACUAUAAGGGCACACUAAUCCAUAGCGCCAACUGGCCCAAGGACUUCGAUUAUGCAGGCAAGAAGGUUGCUGUGAUUGGAAACGGAGCGUCUGGUGUGCAAAUAGUUCCCGCCAUUCGACCUCACGUAAACAAGCUUCAUCAUAUCAUCCGGACGCCUUCUCUAAUUAUACCCCCGCGUGUUGCCACGAUGAAGAUGGGUCCUUCGGCACCACUUAUCCAACAGAUAGAGAUGGACGGGGAGGAACGAUUUUCACCAGCACAGAUUGAGCGAUUCAAGAACGACCCUGAAUUCUGCGCGAAAUUCGCGAAAACGCUAGAGAUGGACUCCAACAUCAAGUUUGCCGUUGCUCUAGUAGCAGGGAGCCCUCAGCAGAAAUGGGCGUUGGCCAAGACCAAGGAAUUCAUGACUGCAAUGCUUAGGGGAGAUGAGAAGCUUUGCAAACAGCUCAUACCCGAGUUCGCGCUUGGCUGUAAGCGGCUCACUCCUGCCCCAGGGUACCUCGAAUCUUUCCACGACCCAAGAGUCUCUCUUCACACCGACAACAUUAAAAAAUUUGUGGCUGAAGGGAUUCAACUCAAUAACGGAGAAGUCCUCGAGGUCGAUGCCAUAAUCUGCGCCACAGGGUUCGAUUCCUCAUUCCGACCCUCGUUCCCCCUCGUUGGCCGUAACGGCAACCUGCAGGACAUCUGGCCAAAGCAAACACCCAAGGCAUACAUGUCUCUUGCCGUAGACGGCCUGCCCAACUACUUUAAGUUUCUUGGCCCCAACGCGCCGAUUGCCCAUGGCGAUGUUUUUACCCUUAGCGAGCAUAUCGCCACUUACAUCGCCAACACGAUUCGCAAGUGCCAGACGGAAGGUGUUCGGUCGAUAGCACCAUCAGAGGCGGCUGUUGACGACUACUUUGAACACAUCACCGCCUUUAUGCCUCGCACGGCGUUCUCGGACGGGUGCAGGUCAUGGUACAAGCAAGGCGAGGUCCACGCCCCCGUGAUAGGCUUGCAUCCAGGGAGCAGAAUGCAUUUCAUUCAUAUGCUAGAGCAUUUUAGAGGUGAAGACUGGGUGUAUACGUAUGACAAUACGAGGCAAAACCGGUUUGCGUAUCUGGGCAAUGGGUUCACGUUGCCUGAGAUGGAGAUGCUCAAGGCUGGCGCGCCACCAUCAUAG